AGCGUUUCAUUUUCAUACAUGUGACCACAAAACAUAAUCUGAAAGAAGCAUGCACACCUUGCACCGAAAUACACAUUUUCAAGAUAUUGAUGCUGUACACCUGGAGUUCACGUAGUAAAAUCUUUUUCAACUUUUAAAGCCCGGAGGCAAACAAUAAAGAUAAUAUAUUUAACGGAAACGACUGACUAAAUGCAUGCUCUUUGAUAAACCUAAUGCAUUGGCGAAACAGGAUACUGCAUCCGUUCACAAUUAUCACAGCUCGAGUAUAUGAACUUUAUACGUGUUACAGGCAACACUUAUUAUAAAGGUUCGUAGGCCUGAUAGUAUGUGAUUCAUGUGAGAUGGAAUUUCAUAUUUGUGAAAGAAAUGUGCGGUUAUUGAUAUGUUCUGAUCACUUUUACACAAAUUGUAUGAAACUGUGACAACUUUAAUUGAUCAACCUGGUGAAAAGGAUUGUUUUGAAAUUGUAUUGUAAAACUUCUAUUCCGCGUAGACGAUGAAUAGUUACCUCAUCAAGAGCUGGAUGGUGAUAUGUGUGUUUGUUUGGCUAUCCAAAGAUUCUAGCGCUGAUGUUUGCUCCAGGGCAGAGACUUGGUUUCAGUCCACCUUUCCGGGUACCAAAGAGUUUAGCACCGACGGCAUAUCUCAAGAUUGUUAUUCAUCCCACCUUUCGUGUACGGAGAGUUUCUUAAAGAGGAAGUACGGUUCAAAUAUGACGUGGGAUAAGUUGGACGCCCCGCCAGCCGAAAAGUUCACCCUAACUGCGCGUUGUGAGAACGGCAAUGUCAUCGAUGUCGGAUGGAAACUGCCGCAAUUCAGACACGCGGACGACGGCCACGCAGUCUUCUGCAACACGCCGCAAAACUCGUGGCUCGUGCGUAACGCCGACCACAGGCGAGGCAUCGUGCAUAGAGGUCGCCACCACAGCCAUCCAACAAAGAUAUCACAAACGGACGAAGAAAUAGCGUCUUGUUCACGCGGGAUGAAAUAUGGCAGUGAAAACUUCAGAGUAAGGGUGUACUCCGACACCGGCAAAAUUGAUGUUGACAGUUUGGCGGGAAAUUUUACGAGGUUUAGCAGGGCGAAACGGGUGUGUAUAAAAUGA